UUUAAAUUCUCUGUUUAAAAAAAAAAAUCUAAAAUUUUUAAAAAUCUGCAUAGUAUUUUAUAAAUCAUAGAUCAAUCUUUUUUGUUAAAUUUCUUUCACAUAAUCAUUCAAAUAUACAAAAAGAUAAUCAAUAAAAUUAAGUUAGUGAAAGGGAAAAAAUAUUUUUUUUAAGAUCUGUAUUCAUUAAAUUAAUAAAUGUAGUCAUCUUCCAAAUCUCAGCUAGGUAGCAGCGAUAUGAAGUUUAAUGUCCCUAACUCCCCAUAAAUAAAUUUACCUUUGUCCAUUUCAGAAUUUUAAAACUCUAUCCAGCAAAAAUAAAAAAAGGAAUAGAUAAAUUCAGUUUAAAACACUGCUAUGGGUAAUAUUCAUUACAAUUCAUGUUCCUUACCAUUGUAAAUGUAAAGUAUUUUUACUUAAGAAUACAAAGAAGAGCUAUGCUAGCUAUAAUAGGAUAAUUCACUACCAAAAUCGUAGGUUUUAGAAUAAUAAAAUAGCCUGAACUGCAAAAUUUUAGAUAAUGAUGAGACAAGCACUAAAUCAUAAAACCUAGAGCAAUCUUUAAGAGAAUAGGUAUUUUAAAAUAGCUUAUUAUAAGGUAGCAGACAAAUGAAAAGAUUAGCCAGUACAUAAAAUAGUAAUGAUGGAGGUUAUCAUGGAAAUAUUCUCUAAAUUGGAGUUUCUUUUUCUCCCUUAUCUUCUACCCAUAACUCUCAAAAUUCUACUAUUUAAGUAAACAAUUUGCUAGCAAGCAGCGGUAAUUCAAAUAAAACUAUUAAAACCAUAAAUAGUAAUCCAUAAAUUUAAAAUUCUCCUAAUACCAACCCAUUAAAUUUAAAUUCUCUUAACAACGGAACUGAUAUGCCUUUAUUAAUGAAAUCUCCCUCUAAUUUGCAUUAAAGCAAAGAAAAAUAAAGCUCUACUUAAAAAAAUCUAAUUAAGGAAUAGAAUGAUAGUAAUAAGUAUCUUAAGCUAAAAAGAAAUUCUUCUUAUGGAAGUUUUUCAAAUAUUUAAAAUUCUUCUCUAAGUAUAGCUUAAAAAAGAAAUGCAUUUGAAUUAGGAAAAAAUAAUAGGAGUAGAAAUUUAUAAAUGACAGAUCUAAGUGUUUAAAAUGAAGGGUCUACUUUUUUGAAUAACUCAUUAUGUAAUAAGUAAAUUAAAAAUUCCUCUUAAUCAAGCACUUCAAUAAAUAAUACAAAUUAAUAAAAUUCAACAUAGCCAUAAACUUCUACAUAAUAAAAUAACCAAGAUUUUAAUUAAUUACUUUUGGAAAUAUCUUGCUAAAAUUCUUUGCACCUGUAUAAUAACAAUUAUCUAAAUACUCAGAUAAAUAAUUUAAACUAAAAUUAAACACCUUCAAAUUAGAAUGCAAAAUAUUAUAUGAGCAAUAAUAAUAAUAAUAAUAAUAACUACAUAGUUUCUUCUAAUUUAAAUUUACCUAAAUAGUAAUCUGCUACCUAAUUUGAAACAAAUUAGAACAAAUAAUAUCUUGAAAAUAACUAAAGCUCUUAUUUCAACUAACUAUCCACAAAUUCAGGAGAUAAAAAUAAAAAUUAAUUUAUUGAUCAAAUAAAUAGUAAUAAUAGUUGCUUCAAACCAAGUAAUCUUUCUUUUACAGAGCAAUCUAAGUAAAUAUAAGAUUUUUAAUACAAAUAAGAUUCUUGCAAUUAAAAUAUUAAUCAAACCUCGUUAAAUUCAAGUAAUAAUAAAACUUUUAAUUAAAAUUUUAACUAAUCAGCAGCUACCUUUUAAGAUUCAGCUUCAGACUAAAAACUUAAUAAUAAUUAAUUACCAAAUAGUUAAAUUACUCCUUUUAUCUUCAAUAAGCCUUUAUACUUAGAAAAUAAAUAAUUUUUAUAAAAUUCAGCCAAUCAAAUAAUUCAGGACAAUCAAAAUUAAAAUACAGAAAAUAGGAAAAUUUAAAUGUGCAAGAAUCACAGACAUCAAAGUGCUAAUCAUUAUGCGUUAGAUGAAGAUAGGAAUCAAUAAUUUUACUGUUACACAUGCGCAGUAUUACUAUAUUCAUAGGGACACUAGAUAUUUUCAAUAGAAGAAUCCCUAGAAUUAAAUGCUAUGAAAAUGAUAGUAGAGAAUAAGAGAAUGAAAGAAAUAUAAAAUAAAAAGGAAGCAGUUGAUAAAAUACUUUUUGCAGUUAAAGAUCUCAUUCCUUAAAUAACAAAUUCAAUUUGUUCUAUGGAUCGAAAAGAAGGAGAUAUUUAUAAGUUUUUGGAGACUCAAGAAAGAAAUUUAGAUUCUUAAUUCAACAAGUUAAUAUUUGAAUUAAAUUAAAACAGAAAAUAAAAAUUAGAUUAGCUACUUCAAUGUAAAUAGCAAAUCAAAAAGUAAUAUCUACAGGUCAAUUAAGUUUGCUAAAACAAUUUACAGUAACUAAUUAAAGUGCAAGAAGAUAUAUUAGAUAAUUACAAUAAUAUAAUUUUAUAAUUUGAAGAGAAUAAAGUAGCUUCUAUCAUUUAAAACUAUUUUUCAAUUUGGAAUUAAGCUAACUUGCAUCACGAGAGCAUUUCUAAUAAUGACCAACUAUUUGUUUACAAAUCAGACUAAAAUUAAUUUAAGUAAAUUAACGAUUAAAUUAAUUUUUUAUGUAGCAACACAUUAAAAUAGAUUAUGACGACAUUUAUUAAAAAAAAUAAUGAUAAUAAUUAAAUGAAUUUAUCAAUAUUAAGUUGUUCACCCAAUAAAUUAUACUAACCCAAUUAUUAAUUUACUCGCUCAAAAUCUUCAUAGAUUUUACCAAUAUCUACUGAUGAUAGCUAUAAUUCGAUGAGAAAUUAACAGAUAGCAUCUUCAAGCACUAGAUAAAACUCUUAAAAGUAAAUUUAUAAAAAUGAAAGCUAGAAUAAUGAUAAAUCUUAAAAUUUAACUCAAAAAAUAAACAAAAAUCAUACAAAUGGUUACAAAUUACAAGCAUAAAAAUAAUAGGUAAAUUAAAACUAAUGCACUAAUUAUUAAAGAAAAAUAAAAUCCCUCUAACAUUCAAUGGCUUUAAAUAAUAAAUAAGUUUAUAUCUCAUUUGAUAAUAAAGAUGCAUUUAAAAAUCAUUUAGAUGCAGAAAAUAAAGAAAAUGUCAAUACAGUAAAUGGAGUCUAGACUAAAUUUGAUAAUAGCUUACUAAAAGUCUAGUCUGCACAUCAUUCUAAAGCUUAAAGCCAACCAUAACUGAUUUACAUUGACUUAAAAGAUAUUUAAAAAAUGCCAUCAAUAUCAACUCCAUAAAAUAAUAACUAUAAUAGCAACAUUCAAAUAGACUAAAAUUUGUUUUUAAAUACCUAAUAGUAAAAUGAUGUUAUUUUAACAUUAGAUGAUUGUACUACCUUCAGAAAAAAAGAUACAAUUUAAGAAAUAGAAAAUGAAACUCAAAUAGGAGAUUACCUAUAAAACCUUAUUAAUAAAGCUAAUUUAGAAAAAUAAAAGUUAAAUAAUAAUAUAUCAGAACAAAAUUAAAAUAAAUUAAUUAACACUUAAAUAAAUAAAUAAGAAUAAAAUUGUUAUCAACCAAAAUUAGCUUAAAAUUAUAAUAAUAAUUAACUCUACUAGAAUUUAGAUAUCUAUGGAAGCUUGGAAAGAUAAAAUUAGGAUAAAUUCUAUAUUGAUGGAGAAUUAGAAUAAAAAGCACAAGGAUAAACUCCAAACUUUUCUAACAAAAAUAAAUUAAAUAAUUAAUCACCAAGCAACAGGAAUCUAGAAAAUGUACAAAAUCAAGAAAACAAUAAUAAUGUCCUGAAAGAAUUUAGCUAUUUAAAUGAUGGUUGUAAAGAAUUAGAUGACAUAAUAGAAAAAGAACAAAGAUCAAGAGACAGCUCAAUAAAUAAAAAGAAACACUUCAAUGAAAUGAUCAAAGCAGUUUAACAUAAUUAAAUUCAAAGAAACUUAAAUUGCGAAAAUAUAUUAAGGAAAGUUUCAGAUAAUUAAUUAGACCUUUCUUCCAUUUCAUGUUCAUCUACUCCAUAACAUUUUAGAUCUAAUAGUGGAUAAACAUCAAAUUUAUCAUGUAAAAAUUCUUUAGUUUCCUCAAAAAAUAGGUACUUUUUGAGAAGCGAUGAACAUAUAACCUCUGAAAAGUAUAAUUAAGCAAUAAAGAAAUCCCCAAUAGAAGAAAUGUUAUCAUCUAAUAAAUUUGCAAAAAUUGAAGAUGUUGCAAAAAUAGUCUAAAAACUAUCAUUUGAAAAGGGUCAAUAAAUUUAGGAUUAACUGAAUAUGGAGUCUAUUGUUGAAGAAGAUAGUCGCAUAAGUCAAACAAUAGUAAAGUCCGGAGUAGAUAACAAUUAUGAGAAUAUUUUACUUUUAAAAGAAUUAUAGGAAAAUAUAUAAAGAGAAAAAUACAAUAAUAAAAAUUUAAUGAGUGACGAAAAUUUUAUUCAUAGAUUAAAUAACAUUAAUUUGGUAGAAGAAAAUGAUAAUAUAAUUAUUUCAUAACAGUGA